CCUUCCCAUAUGUUCUAUAGUUUUCAUUCUAUUAAAAAUUUCAAUGAAUCAGUUGCCAUGGAAUUCAUGACAAGAUUCAUAAUGAAGUUUAUGAUUAUGAUGGAGUAUAUAGAACUAAGGGUUUGUUUGAUAAAUCCGCCAAGCUUAAUGAUUUUAUCCUCCAAACAAGAGAAGUCGAUCCAACCAUACCUGCUAAACAUGAUCUUCCUACCUGUGAUCUUUUGGGUGUUUUCUGUUAUCCCGGGAGAUGUUAUAAUUGUUGGCAGUGAUGGACUGUUUGCAAGACAGAGUGGAGAUGAUAAGAUGAGAUCAACCCUAUUCUCAACAGCUGCCCAAAAUGCUGGUUUUCGUUAUUCUGGGGGCAAGCUUGAUGACAUCACUGUCGUGGUUUCUUUUGUUAAGGAGAAUGCUCCAAGACCAUCAACAUUUGGAUACCGCUAAAGACAAUUAUUGAUCAGUGUUUCUCUGGACUCAAAUGAUCAGAAACACUCUUUGUUAUAAAAAAAAGUUUUUGUGUGUGUAUGAUUGAUUAAUGUAAUUGUAAAUCUUAAUGAAAUAAAAAAAAAGUUAAUGGUGUUUA